CCCUGCAGGCCCAGGACCCUCUGUUCUUCCCCUCAGAGAACGAGAAUGUGAGCCCAGGGAAGGGCGGGAAGAGAGGAGGAGAUUCUGGGCUAUGUCCGUGCUGGACUCAUGGCCCCCACCCUGCUCAGAUCAUAGGGACAUGGUAUGUGAAGGCCGUGGUGGCUGACAAGGACCUGCCUAAGGAGAAAAGGCCCAAGAAGGUGUCCCCCUUGACAGUCACUGCCCUGGAUGAUGGAAACUUGGAGGCCAUGGGCACCUUCAUGUGAGAAGGGGGCCAGUGCCACGAGAAGCGAGUUGUGAUGCACCAAACUGAGGAGCCUGGCAGAUAUAGCGCCUUUGGGGGAAAGAGGCACAUGUACAUCCUGGACUUGCCAGUAAAGGACCACCGCAUCUUCUACUGCGAGGGCCAGCUCGGAGGGAAAGCAAUCCGCAUGGCAAAACUCGUGGGUAGAAAUCCCGACAUGAGCCUGGAAGCCCUGGAAGAAUUUAAGAAAUUCACAGAGCGCAAGGGAUUGCCACAGGACAUCAUCAUCAUGCCUGUCCAGACGGAAAGCUGCAUUCCUGAAAGUGACUAGGGGCAGGGGACAUCAGCACCCCACAGCAGCCCCAGGGCAGCACCAUCAAGACCCUCUGUCCUGCAGGCCAUGGAAGGAGCCCCUGCCUCUAGAGCCUGACCUGCUCUGCCCCUCCAGUUACCUUGACUCCCCUUCCUCCCCCAGCCAUGCAUCCCCUCUCCUAGUUCCACAUAAAGAGCUUCAGCAGUU